UUCUGCAGAAACAAACAACAAGACUUGCUUGGUUGGUGCACUGUGUUUCCAUAUUUAGCUCUCAGCCUCAGCCCCAGCCCCAGCCCCCUCAGCCUCUCUCGUCCUCCUUCUCCGGAUCACACCGACACUGACAAAAACGAAAGCAAGGAAACAAACAGAUAUUUAUUUAUAUACAUUCCAUUUCGCUCAAAGAGAGAUCGAUAUAGAUAUAUAUAUAUACAUUUUCAUAUCUUUAUGUCUCGAGCUCAAAACUACGAGUUCCAGGAAUGGUGGAACAAGCACAGAGAAAUUAACAACCUUCUAGAAACUUCCUCCGAAACUCCUUCCAGUGCUUCCCUCAACGUCGACAUCCGCAGCCCCGCCUCCGACCCGACGGUCGAGAAGGGGCGAGCCCGCAGCGCGCGCCAGCUGUCCUGGGUGUGCCUCUUGAGAUUCCAGCAAAUCUUCGGCUGCCUCACGUACCUCACCAACGGUGUCGUUUCUCUCCUCCGCACUGCCAACCGUCGGAUCGCCUCCCCGGCCUCCGCCGCUGACUCGUCCUCCUCUCGGCUCUACCGUCUCAUCAAGGCCUUCCUCAUCACGGUCCUACUCUUGCUCUGCGUCGAGCUCGCCGCUUACUUCAAGGGAUGGCAUUUCAGGCCGCCGUCGAUGGGAGCGGUAGGGUUCGUGUACGCCAAUUGGCUGGAGAUUCGGGCCAAUUACUUGGCUCCGCCGCUGCAGAGUUUGACCAAUGUGUGCAUCGUGCUGUUUCUAGUUCAAUCCGUGGACCGCGUGGUUCUGAUCCUCGGAUGCUUCUGGAUCAAGUUCCGGAGAGUGAAGCCCGUGGCGCCAAUGGAGUACGCUGCCGCCGACGAAGAGAAUGCACAUGCGGAGGAUUAUCCGAUGGUUUUGGUGCAAAUCCCGAUGUGCAAUGAGAGGGAGGUUUACCAACAAUCUAUUGCAGCGGUUUGCAUCCAGGACUGGCCAAAGGAGAGAAUGCUCGUACAGGUUCUAGAUGAUUCUGAUGAAUUAAAUGUCCAAACCCUUAUCAAGGCAGAAGUACAGAAAUGGCAACAAAGGGGUGUUCGCAUAUUGUAUAGACAUCGUCUCAUUCGCACAGGCUAUAAGGCAGGGAAUCUCAAAUCUGCCAUGAGCUGUGAUUAUGUAAAAGAUUAUGAGUUUGUGGCGAUCUUUGAUGCAGAUUUUCAGCCAGGACCAGAUUUCUUGAAGAAAACUGUUCCUUAUUUUAAGGGGAAUGAUGAUCUGGCAUUGGUCCAGACAAGGUGGGCAUUUGUGAACAAGGAUGAGAACCUGCUUACAAGAUUGCAGAAUAUAAACUUAUCGUUCCAUUUUGAGGUUGAACAACAGGUCAAUGGUGUGUUUAUCAACUUCUUUGGCUUUAAUGGAACUGCUGGUGUUUGGAGAAUUAAAGCCCUUGAAGAAUGUGGUGGCUGGUUGGAACGAACAACUGUUGAGGACAUGGACAUUGCUGUCCGUGCUCAUCUUUGUGGAUGGAAAUUCAUAUAUCUGAAUGAUGUAAAGUGCCUUUGUGAACUUCCAGAGUCCUAUGAGGCAUACAAGAAACAGCAACACCGAUGGCAUUCAGGUCCAAUGCAGUUGUUCCGUUUGUGCUUUGUUGACAUACUUCGUUCGAAGGUGAGUUGGGGCAAGAAAGGCAAUUUGAUAUUUCUUUUCUUCCUUCUACGGAAGCUUAUCCUGCCAUUUUAUUCAUUCACCCUCUUUUGCAUCAUUCUCCCCCUGACCAUGUUCCUUCCAGAAGCUCAGCUACCAGCUUGGGUUGUUUGUUAUGUUCCAGGAUUCAUGUCUAUUUUGAAUAUCCUUCCAGCACCACGGUCAUUCCCAUUCAUAGUUCCUUACCUUCUUUUUGAGAAUACCAUGUCCGUGACCAAAUUUAAUGCCAUGAUAUCUGGAUUGUUUCGGUUUGGAAGUUCCUAUGAGUGGAUAGUUACAAAGAAAUUGGGAAGAUCCUCAGAGACAGAUCUAGUUGCGUUCGAGAAAGAAUCCGAUCCACUAGGGGAAAAUACAAGUCUUCUUCACAAGUCGUCCUCAGAGUCGGGCCUUGAAGAGCUUAGCAAACUAGAGAUGUCUAAGAAAACCGGGAAAACUAGGAAAAACCGUUUGUAUAGGAAGGAACUCGCCCUCGCAUUCAUUUUGUUAACUGCCUCAGCAAGAAGCUUGAUGUCUGCUCAAGGAAUUCAUUUCUAUUUCCUGUUAUUUCAAGGGAUCAGUUUCUUAGUUGUUGGUCUGGAUUUGAUAGGGGAGCAGGUGAGUUGACCUUUAGGAUUCUGUUUGGGAUCGAUUAUUGUUGGAAACUAUUUCCCAGGAUGUGGACUGGGAUUCACUUCACCCAUAGAGUGGAGCGAAUUAAUACCUGCUUUUUGUGGGUGUUAUUGGCUCCCAGUUGAAGCCAUUUUUCUUCAUGCUUACUUGGCGCAUAUUUAUAGUCUAUAUGUUUAUUUUUGUGUAGAGGGGGGAGGGGGGCUAUUGUACCAUUGUUGCUGCCAAGUCGCAUUCCUUAACAAGAAUAGUGAAGAGAAAAAAAGGAUUUACGUAUUCCCAGCCUCUUUGUUUGUUAUGCUACUUAUGUAACUUCCUUGUCCAUGCCAAACGAGGCGGGAGUUGUUAGAUUAUUACAUUCUUUAUAAAUUUUUAUUUUGUCGAGAUACUUUGAUCAUAUUGGUGCUGAAAUGAAAUGGAUGUUCUCGAA